AUGGGUCCCCGAUGCUACAUCCCGGCUGUCUCCGCCGCUCUCUGCAUCGCCAGCCUGCUCUGUUCACACGGAGCCCCAGGUGCAGGCACUCACCUGAUGCUGUGCCAGUCACACACAACAUGUGGGGACAAGUUCUACGACCCGCAGCAGCACUGUUGCUAUGACGACGCUGUGGUGCCCUUGAGCAGGACCCGAAAGUGUGGAAACUGCACCUUCAGGGUCUGCUUCGAGCAGUGCUGUCCCUGGUCAUUCAGACCCCAGGAGGCCUUCGUGGUGAAGGUGAAAGGCCAGGAGUGUUCCUUGGCCCCAUCCUUGGGUGACAGCAUUUGUUCCAGUGUCAUCUGA